GUGUCUGAACUGCUCCCUAACUUGGCGUCGGUUGAAUGAAAUUUGGACUUUGUUGCUAUCCGUACAAGGCUGUCAGCCUUCUCCCACAUACAUUACAUAAACCUGCACAGAGGUAGUUUGUCCUCAUUUUACACUCCACAAUGGCUUUUCAGUGUCAACGAGACUGCUAUAUGAAAGAGGUAUGAAGCUGUUUUCGGACGGUUUGUCAGCUAUGGACAUUAUAAUGUGCAUGUACCGAAAAAACGGUAAAUGUUAGGCUGGUGAUAGUUGCCUGCAGAAGUGGUUAGCAUGGUUGCUAACAGAAUCGAUAGUAACUUGUGCUGUCGAUGGGAGCACGAGCUUGUUACCAACCGUUACUUAUACUUUAUUUUAAUAUUAAUGGUAACACCAUAGUGACACAAAUAAACUAUAGAGUUGAGCAAUUGUUAUUACUAGUCCCAUUGUAUAUUUUCAACUAAAGCCCUUUAAGAAACUGAAGGAAUUAAAUAUUGAAAUGCGCAGUGUAAACGAUCAGUACCAUAAAUUAUACUUAACUUUGUAUUCAAGACAUACAUAGUUGCUAUUGCAAGUCUUCGUUUUAGCGAACUGAGAACUUAAUUAAGUUUAUGUUGUCUUUCCUAUACGGUUUAACUUCAUUAAUGUUUUAAAAUCGUGUUUUCUUUUAGUUUAUUACCUCUGUGGUAUCCUGCUGCCCAGCUGACCUCAAACAAGAAGUCAACGGAAAGAAAGAAACUGUAAAGGGCUUCAAUGUCAAACUUAAGGACACCAUCCUUUUUCCUGAGGGAGGGGGCCAGGUAAGCAUUUUUAAAUAAUAAUAAUAAUGAUAAUAACUUUAUUUUUAUAGCACUUUUAAAAACAGAGGUUUACAAAGUGCAUUGACAAACAGUCGUAAAGCAUCAGCACAUGGAAAAAACAAAAAAACAAAAGCUUGGUUUAAAACAAGGCCUCCGAAUUGAUGGCCAGUUUCAUUUGUCAUAAGAAACCCAGACAAUACAAGAACCCUACAACAUAAAAUGAGACCAUGAGGACCAAAAUAAAAACAUAAAAUAGGUAAGAAACAUAAAAUAGGUGAAAGAAACAGGACUUGACAUAUUCAUAAAUGAAUAUUGCUGUGUUUUUAUACCUCAUCUGCUAUUUAGAAAGGCCCAUUCACACUUGUUUUUGUCUUGUGAGAAUCAUCUGUACCAGAAAAAAAGCUGUACCUUUUAUUUUACUGUCAUCUGUCUUUCAGCCAGAUGAUCAUGGUCUCAUUGGGGAAGUCCCUGUUCUGAGGGUGACUAGGCAGGGACCUGAAGCUGUGCACUUUGUAAGCUCACCUCUGGAGGUGGGUCAGGAAGUGCCAGUGAAGGUGGACUGGGAAAGGAGGUUUGACCACAUGCAGCAACACUCAGGUGAGUAAAUACCAAAGGGGAAAUGUCAAUUCUGUUUAACCAGAAUCAAUGCUUUGGUAUUUCAUCACUUACUACAUCAAAGUUUAAAUACUUUUUCUUUGAAUCUUAGGUCAACAUUUGAUCACAGCGCUAGCAGAUUCACUUUUUGGAUACAAGACUACAUCCUGGUACAUCAACACGCAAUCACACAGAUUAAUUUUCCAGAUAAUGAUAGCUCGCUGAUAUUUUCUACAUGAGUUUACAGUUUUACUUUACUCUGAAUUGCAGGGAUCUGGGGCGCCAGAGAAGCACUAUUGAACUGGACACUCCUUGUGUGAAACCCGCCCAGCUUCAAACCCUGGAGGAUGCUGUCAAUGAAAAGAUCCAAGCCCAUGUCCCUGUCACUGUUCAGCUUCUCUCUAUAGAUGACCCUGCUGUGGAAAAGGUAAAAGUGAUCCAUGACUCAAAGUUGAGGUUUAAGGCAAAUGUGCAGCACAUAAGAAUCUGACUUGGGGUGAUUCUGCAAACACUUUCGAGUUACAUGAGGUGUGUGUGCGUGUGUGUGAACCAGGUGCGGAGUCGAGGGUUACCAGACGAUCAUGCUGGGCCCAUCCGGAUCAUUGAUAUUGAGGGAGUUGAUGCCAACAUGUGCUGUGGAACUCAUGUGUCUAACCUCAGCCACCUGCAGGUUUAUCUACAUAUAACUUACAUCUUUUAUGUCACAUUUGAGUUACAUCUCAUUGUUCUAAUAUACUCAAAAUAUGCUUGGAUUUCCCUUAUUUAAAUUUUAGAUGAUAAAGCUUCUGGGAACUGAAAAAGGGAAAAAAAACAAAACCAACCUGAUCUUCUUGGCUGGUAACAGAGUGUUGAAGUAUGCUGAGAAAAGCUACAGCACAGAGCGGUCCCUGGUGUCACUGCUGAAGUAAGUUGUAAGCUUUAAUGAUCAUCACCCUGAGCUAAACUCAUCAUAGAGUUUGAUAUGAAUGAAAAUCUGUAAUUUCUCAACAGAACUGGACCUGAUGAGCAUGUUGAAGCAGUUGACAAGCUACAGAAGUCAGUGAAGCUACUACAGAAAGUAAGAGAAAGACAAGUUUUACAUAUUUGCUUUUUUAAAUCACUUCCUAAGACGGGUAAAUUAUUAGUAUAGUAUGUGUUUGACAUAACAGAAGACUGAACAGAUAUUCUCUCUAACCUUCAAUGAAAAUGUUGUGUGCAGACAAACCUGAGCCUGCUGCGAGACAUGGCUGUUCUUAUCGCUCAGAACUUUAAGAACAAUCCCCAGAGAGGCAACUUCUUCAGCUAUCACAAGUAGGAGACUCCGUUUCAAGAUUGAGAGCCAGUCUGUAGUACAAUUCUGAACAUGUCAACUGAAAUUCAGAGAUGUAGGAGCUUUGUAAAAGUAGGAUUUCUGAUUAGCAGAGAUGGUCAUAAUGUUGUGACUAUAUUUUGUUGACUAUUGUCUUUUUCUGUCUAUAGAAAAGAGGGGGACAAUGAGUUCAUGAAUAUCAUUGCUAACGAGAUAAACACUGAGGUAAGAAUAAAAAACACUGUCAUUGCCUUUAUUUGAACCUAAAAAUGGUUGUUGAGUAUUUAUAUGUAAUGUAUGAGCAGUUGCUUAUUUGUGCCAAAUCUUCUUUGUUUCGCUUUUAGGAGACGUUGGUCUUCUUAACUGUUGGUGAGGAGAAAGGACCUGGUCUGUUUUUACUGGCUGGACCUAGCGGAUCAGUGUCAGACAUGGGACCACGGUAAGAAACAUCGACACGCACUUAUUCAGGUUCAACUUCAAAAGCUCUGUUGCAUGUUGUUAUUGUUGGAUUCUUUGUGCUGUGCAGGGUGCUGGAGAUGCUCCAAGGGAAGGGGGCAGGAAAAAACGGACGUUUCCAGGGCAAAGCUAACAGCUUGGCACAGAGAGGAGAAGUGGAGGAUUUCCUGCAGCAGCACUGCAAACAUCACAUCUCAGAGAAGGAAUAAACCAGCUGUGAUUGAGCACACUUAUUUAAGAUGGGGAACACAAUAGUCACUUGUUCAUAUUUUGUAUGUAACAAUAUGUACAAAAACAAAAAUAGGAUAAUUUAUGUGAAACUGUAAAUAACUGAGACCUCUUAUAAACAUGCUGUACAUAUCUGAUUUUGGGAUACCCUGUACUGUUUUUAAACAUCUAAAACCUCAUCUGCUGAAGCUUA